AUGGAAGCUAAAGAUAGGCAUUUGAAAGCUUUUUUUGAUGAACUUGUAUUAUCAGCAAAUUUGUCACAAAAAAAGCAUGAAUCGUAUCCUAAAAUUAUGUCUCAGUUGCUACUCAUUUGUUAUAUUCUUUGUGAUAUAUGUAACAAAUUUAUUAUUAAUGUAAAGCAUAAUCUAGCUCUUUAUCUUGAUUCUACAGACACAGAUAAUUCAACUAUUAAUGCUUUAGCAGAACUUGGUAUUAUAUCAAUGUCCCAAACAGUUUGGCAUAAAAAAAAAGAAAUUUCAGAAAGCCAUAUGGAUACAAUAAACAACCAUUUAGAAAAAUAUCAUGAGACUUCUAUGGUCUUAAACAUAGAUGAUUAUUAUAAUAUAUAUACAAAUCAUGUUCCAAAGAGUAGUAAAAUGUUAACCUUAACUCAUAUGGCAACAAUUCUUCUGAAUCUAAUAAAUGCAACAUUACCAAUUCCUAUUAAUUUUAACAAUAUAAGCAUUCAUAAUCCAAAACUUGUCAAUGCUGACUCUCUAAAAGUUGAUUUAGAGAAUAGAUUUAUAGAAUUGUUAGAAAUGCCUUUUAAUGAAUGA